CUAAAAUCAGGUAAUGAAAACAAACCGCAGCUGACAUGACACACCUGUUGAAUGAGGACUAGCAGGUUAGCAGCCCAUUACUCGACCAUUCUGCGUUUAUUAUAACAUUCCGAACGCGUGGCACUUUUAUAUUCAGCUUUAUAACCAGGUAUCAGGAUGGUGAGCAGUCAGGUAAAGGCCACAGGGGGCGAGAAGCCACCUAAACACACCGAACAGCGCGACUAUUCGUGCAACGGGUCACCGCUGCCAGCCGAACUUCCUUCAAACGCAAAUGGACCGAAUCCACCGGUACCGAGCCAGAAAACGUCAGGGGGCAAUAAAGCCAAUUACAGCAGUCAAACAGGACCAAAAAAACACAAGUCUACUUCUGAAAAGAAGUAUGUUGGAGUCCGAGUGAGAAUGCCAGUGCGGGACAUGCUCAGAAAUAUACAGAUAGCCAAGGGUAUUGACCCAAAAGAUCUGCAGGGAAAAUUUUCAAAAGCUUCUAAAGGGGAGAAGAAACGAGUUAACACAGGUGGAAACCAGAGACGUUUCCUGAAAAAACAUCAAACAAAAAGCCUUGAUGAGCUUGCAAUUAUAGUAGAAGUACUGGAAGAGGAUCUCAAGACCUGUCAGUUAAACAGAUCGCCAAAUAAAAGCCCUUCAGGUUCAUACUCUAAGUUCUGGGUUGAAGAUGCAUCUCCACAAGGUGUCAUGAACACAUAUGGCCAGGAGAAUGAGAUGCCUCUGUCUCCAAGCUACUCUGUACCCUCCUCAACCUCCCCUGUUCAUUCUGUGUCCAGCCUCUACCCAUCUCCAACUUACAGCCAGGGUGCUGAUGUCUUCUUCGGGAAUCAGGAAGACUAUAGUAGUUAUGAGUCAGAUAAGUACAGGUAUGAUGAUCUAUAUGGAAUGAGCUGCUCUCCUGCCAAUUCAUACGAAUACCAGGUACCCUCUCCACAAGACUCAUUAAACGCCAGUCCCAACCCAGAUGUCUGGGAGGUUUCUUCUCAAAAGAUGAACUAUCCACUAUGGCCAUACUCUCAGCAGGAAGAGUGGAGCGGUGUGACCUUCUUUUGGACUCAACUGGAAAGAGAGGAGACUCUGCUGAAAGAGAUAUCGGACCAAGAGCUUCUUGCUGUAGACAAAAACGGAAGGAUUCUUUUACACCAAGUUGUUGAGGAGGGAAAGAGAUCUCUUGUGUACGUUAUUGCCAGAAGGAUGGCAGCUCUGAAGAAACUGGAUAUCAAAGAUUCAGAGGGAAAGACUCCCCUUCAUCUUGCUGCACAAAAGAAUCAACACUUCAUGGUGGCUGAUUUGGUGUCACUUGGUGCAAAUAUCAAUGUGAAGGAUCGAUAUGGGAAAACAUGUCUUCAUCUCAGUGCAGAGAAUGGAUAUAUUCGAGUCUUGGAGGUCCUGAAAAGUUUGAUGAGAAAUGGCAUAUAUAUUAAUUUGGAGGAAAGAGAUGCAAACGGGCUCAGUGCGCUGCAGUGUGCGGCAGUAUCUCUUAACCACACAGUGCGUGAGCUGGAGCUGUGCGAGUCUGCAGGACGGGUCAGACUGCACACCCUUCGCAAGGAGCAGAUGAUGGAAACGCUAGAGUGUCUCCUUCAAAUGGAGUGCCAUUUACACGCUCCGGUGAGAAUGAGAGACAAACCUGCAGCUGGCCAACAUGAUUCACUAGAGCCAGAAACAACAUGAUUUAGGAGCGGCUGCUUCUAGCAAGAGUUGUUUUCUCUGUCAAGCCAGGCAGUGCUGUUAACUGACGGUAAAUGUUUUUGAGUGAAUACAAGCUUUUACUUGCCAUUGAAGACAAAAUGUACAUAUAUGUACUCCUUUUCGUGUAUGUGUAUACACACACACACACACACACACAUUACUUAAAGGAGGAUGAGGAUAGUCUUCAAGUCAAGGUAAAGCUAUGUAUUAUGCAACUGUAGAUUUUGUUCCAUGUUCAGGUGAAAAGUGGGGAGCAAAAACACAAUGGUUGCCCAUUAGCUGGUUUCUGUGAAACUUCCACUGUUAGUUACAUUUGAGUAGCAAAAUGUUUAAAAAGGAAUAAAAGUGUGGUAAGACCUGCGAGUCAAAUGCCAACAUUCCUAUUUGCUCCAAGAGCAAAUAGUUUUGAUACGGAGGAGAUGGUAAUUCUUAUGUAUAUUGGUGUACAAAGGCAAAAUGCAGUAACUGUGUCAAAAGUGGAACUGAAUUGUUUUCUUAUUGAUUUUGAGAGUUUUUUUUUUAUGAUUCUGAAUUUUAGAAGACAAGAUUUUGACAAAAAAAGCAGUUGUUGUAUUUUGCUUACGCACAAUAAUAUACAUGUAUGUUUCCUAAUAACACUUACAGCAAAAUAUAUAAAUAUUACUGGUGUUAUUUUCCUUUUUGCAAAAUUGCAAGUGUAUUCUUAUUCUCAAAUUAAAACAUUUGGGGUCAGUAAGAUUUCUAUUUUAUUUCUAUUUUAUUAGAAAUUAAUAGAUCAAUUUAGAAAGGAUGCAUUAAACUGAUCACAAGUGACAGUAAAGGCAA